CCCAAAAAAUAAAAAAAUAAAAAAAUAAAAAAAAACAGACUAGGUUUAGGCGUUUCUCUGGCAUUGGCAAAUCGAAACAUGGCCGACGGGAAAGAACCAAAGCAGAAGAAAAGCCAGGCAACAAUGGCGAAGAAGGAAAAGGAAAAGGAAGAGUUCCAGCUCCAAAUCUGCAAUUCAAUGACCCAACAGAAGGAGGUCUUUACACCCAAGGUCCCCGGGAAGGUCGGGAUGUACGUCUGCGGCGUAACUGCUUACGAUUUCAGCCACCUCGGCCACGCUCGCGCCGCCGUCAAUUUUGACGUCCUCUACAGAUACCUGCAACACUUGGGAUACGAGGUUACCUAUGUCAGGAAUUUCACUGAUGUUGAUGACAAGAUAAUUCGACGCGCUAAUGAGAGUGGAGAAAAUCCAUUGACUUUGAGCAACCGGUUUUGCCAAGAGUAUAUUGUGGAUAUGAAUGAUCUUCAGUGCCUUGUUCCUACCCAUCAGCCACGUGUUUCUGAUCACAUGGAGCAGAUCAAGGAUAUGAUUACUCAGAUUAUUAAUAAGGACUGUGCAUACGUCGUUGAUGGUGAUGUGUUCUUUGCUGUGGAGAUGUUCCCAAACUAUGGCAAGUUAUCUGGGCAGAAAGUGGAAAACCAUAGAGCUGGUGAACGUGUUGCCAUUGACUCGAGAAAGCGUAAUCCUGCUGACUUUGCAUUAUGGAAGGCUGCAAAGCCAGGUGAGCCAAGUUGGGACAGCCCAUGGGGUCCUGGCAGACCUGGGUGGCAUAUAGAAUGCAGUGCAAUGAGUGCUCAUUAUUUGAGUUUCAAAUUUGACAUUCAUGGUGGUGGGAUUGAUUUGAUUUUCCCACACCAUGAGAAUGAGAUUGCUCAGAGUUGUGCUGCGUGCCAAGAGAGUAACGUGAGUUACUGGAUGCACAAUGGGCAUGUUACUAAUAACAAUGAGAAGAUGUCAAAGUCUUUGGGUAACUUCUUCACAAUUCGCCAGAUCACGGAACGAUAUCAUCCACUUCCUCUGAGAUACUUCUUGAUAAAUGCACACUACCGUUCUCCUCUCAACUAUUCAGUCCUGCGGUUGGAGCAUGCAUCAUCAGAACUUUUUUACAUUUAUCAGACCCUGAGUGAUUGUGAAGAUGUUCUAUCAUCAUUUCAAGGAAGCAUAAAGGAUGGAACAAAGCAAAAUGUCAAACCUGCUCGGAUCACCGCUGAAGCCCAAGGCUGCAUUAGAGAACUUCACAAUGAAUUUCAUACAAAAAUGUCAGAUGACUUGAACACUUCACACAUACUGACUGGUGCUUUUCGAGAGGCCUUGAAGUUUGCAAAUAACACGUUGAAGAAACUAAAGACUGCAAAGCAACAACAGUUAUCAUUAGUUCAGUCCCUUUUUGAAGUUGAGAGAGAAGUUAAGGAAGUUCUGAAAAUUCUAGGGUUGCUUCCUCCAUGCACUUAUGCUGAGGUUUUGCAGCAGUUAAAAGAUAAGGCAUUAAAGCGAGCAGAAUUGGUGGAAGUCCAUUUGUUGAAUGUGAUAAAGGAAAGAGCAGAAGCUAGGAAAAACAAAGAUUUCACCAAGACUGAUCAGAUCAGAACUGAGUUGGAAGCCAAGGGCAUUGCACUCAUGGAUAUAGGUACAGAAACGAUUUGGAGGCCAUGCCUCCCAACUCAAUAUAAACAGGAAGCACAACAACCUGAUGAACAAGAGCAGGCACCUAGGCUGAGCAAGGAAGAACAGAAGGUUUUACCUAAAGUUGGUUUGACAUCAUCCCCUGAAUUGCCCUUUUAAGGUGUCACUGUUACAGUUAAAUGAUUUAUUUGAGGAUCUAGAAACAACAUAUACGGUUUGGUUUCAUAACAUGGACUAAUGUUGUAAAAUCACUGGGCUUCUUAAUGGCCCAUUGGCUAUAUAGACAGCAAGCGAGCUAACCCUUUUUUGAAUAAACAUUAUAUUGCCUAUCACAAGUAAUGCAAGAGAGGAACUAAGGUUCCUUACUUGUUUAGUACUUUAUAGACAAGGAAAUGCAGCGACUAUCCUUAUUAGAAUGUUGUUCUUGGGUUAUAUGCUACCUCUUGAAAAUUAAAUUGUGCAUCAUAUU